AUAUAAGUACCUAUGGCUUUGAUCAAGAUGUUAGCUCGAAUGUACAAGUGCGGUAAUGCCUGGAUGCUCAGUGAAUGCAUGUAUAGGUUGAAGUGGUGACUGAUUAAAAGAAGAAGGUGAAGGGCGAUGUCUGGCCAAGCAGCUGGUAUGAGCAGGAGGUUUAGAAGGAGAGGGUAUUUUGGAACCUCCUUGGAUGGAGGAAUGGCCUCGUACUGGAGGAAAAAUCUGACGAAGAUGAUCUUAGAAGAGCAUAUGCGAAGUGGCUUCUUCUUGCUGGGCAAAACUCGCUACGUCCUGGGUUGCAAUGCCAUCAGUACCUUGCAGUUGCCGUCAGAGGAGAGAGAAGUAGAUCCCCUCGUUUCAGUCGUCUCGACGCCAGUCAGGAUUGAAAGAUACGACGGGGAGGUUAUCUACCAGGAGAUGAACACGGAAUUUGCAGAUCCUGUUGUGUCUCUCCCUGUUGAGGUGGAAGAAGACAGCUUGUCCGACAUGUAUACCCAGGAAGAUGAUCCUGUAGAAGGGUUACGGCAGAGGAUCUCCAAUUUACAGGGAGAACCGCCGGAAGACAGAGAAGAGGAUGACAGAGAACAGUACAGUGCAGAUCAAAAUAAAAAGAAAGUCAUUAACAGAGAUCCUAUCAGAUGGUUUUCAGUUUUGCCACCACAGACUCUCAAACAAGCACAGACGGAUUUCAAGACAGCGAUUCAAAUAAGUGCAAAGUGUGCCACUUUAUUAGGACAGUUAAAAGCAGUGUGUAAUGAGUACAAGCGCCUGGCUAAAAUCAAGUCAAAAAUUGAUAACAUUGAGAAGGAAUCUUGAUCGUUGUGGUCAGUCUGUGAGGGGUUGCUCAAGGAGAGAAAAAGCGUGCUUGAGAUAUUUACAUUCCUGAUGGUAAAGGUUAUUUGUAAAGAUUUUUAUGGUGUUAACCCCUCUUGGAAGGUUUUGAGUUUGCUUUUAGCUUCGUGCUAGUUAAAGAAGCGUUUGUUUUUCCGUUCUGAUAUGCAUUCCAUAGUACACUAUAUAGCUACAAACAUCUGCAGAUUACAAAUAGCUAUGAAUAUAUUACAGAUAUAGAAAAAAAGAAGAAAACAGAAGAGAAAGACAGUCAUAAUCCUCUUUUACUUUUCAGAAGAUAGCCAUGCACUCUUAGAAUAUAUACUUGGUAUGUGAUAUUAAAAUAACUUAACUAAUACAAGUAUUUAAAGCUAAAGUGAAGAACAAAUCACAUACAGAUAUGUUUUACAGAGAUGAUUGAUCUUUAUUUUGUACUGUCACCGUUACAAUGCCUUUAUGAUACUAAUGAUACGAGGAUAAGAAGACAGGGUAUAGCAUGGACACUUGUAUAACUUGCACAUAAAACGGUAAAUGCAAAA